ACCGCUUGUCAGUGUUUUCACACACUGCCAUACACUACAUUCUCUAUCAGUUUCUUCAAGCUCCCCAAAUCAAACCUCAUCUCUUUCCUUCUACUGUUACGAAUAUUGAUACGCGCACAAUUACACACAUAUUUAUGAAUUCGUAUAACUGAUAUAGGCAAAUUAAGGUGAGAAUGAUGGGGACUCCAUUGGGCCCAGUGAUAGGAAGGUACCCUUCAUUGAAUGGAAGUACUGAUCGUGUGAGUGGGACUGAGAUCAUAAUGCAAAAUCGAAAAUGCAGAGAUGUUCCCUUUCUCAUCCUCUUUAUUGCUUUCUGGGUUGCAAUGAUAGUCAACUCCAGCUUUGCCUUUAAUCAAGGUAAACCACUAAGGUUAACAUAUGGUUUAGACUACAAAGGGAAUGUAUGCGGAGACAAGCAUGCAGAUCCUGAUCUUCAUGUAUUGGAACUCAAAUAUUGGGUAAAUCCCAACCAGGUCUAUCAAAGUGGCUUGAAGAAUAGCCAGUUCGACCUAGAAGAUGCUAGAAGCAUCUGCUUGAAGAACUGUCCUAUCGCAUCAGAAGAUUCACUCAGAUGGGUCUGUGACUAUCCACAGGGAGAUAUUCACCUAUCAAUGGAUCAAUGGGUUCAAAGGAAUUAUGAUUAUUUCGAUUUCCUUACGCCAGAUAUGAGAAACGCUUCCCUCCAACUUCAGGGUCCCUGUUAUCCUGUCCUUUUUCCAAGUGUAAAUGUUUUUUGGAGGUGCCAAUUUAUUGCACGGGUGUCAAAUGUGUCUCUGCUGCAAUGGCACCUGAUGGGCGGAGUAACUAUCAAUGAAGAUAUUCUAAUAGAUAAAUCAAUUCACAAAUCCAUCAACUCUAGAUCUUCUGUAUUGAAGAGGUAUGUUGCUGAUAUUGGAAAGGCAUGGCCAGUACUGAUUGUUUGUGGAGGAAUCAUACCGGUGUUUUUGUCUGUGGUCUGGCUGUUAAUGAUUCGACAUUUUGUUUCUGGGAUGACUUGGAUAACAGUCUUCCUCUUUAAUGUUCUUAUAGUAUCAGUCACCAUGUUCUGCUACUUAAAAGCUGGAUGGAUUGGGAAUGAUGCCGUGUCCCCAAUCAUUGGUAAACAUGAUCCUUAUUAUCAUUUAUCUGGGAAAGAGCUAAGUCACCUUCGUGGUGUUGCAGCUAUUAUGACCAUUGUAAUGGUCAUCGCUGUCCUCUCUUCACUUGCGAUUGUCAGGCGCAUCCUUAUGGCAACAUCGGUCUUGAAGGUUGCUGCCAAAGUAAUAGGAGAAGUGCGAGCUCUCAUUGUUUUUCCUAUCAUACCAUAUGUUAUACUGGCAAUCUUUUACAUGAUCUGGUUAUCUGCUGCUCUCCAUCUUUUCAGCUCUGGAGAAGUCCACCAAACUAACUGCAAGUCAAAUUGUUGUGCUUAUGAUCUUGGUUCUAAGCAGGUGAACUGUGAUCGCUGUUGUGGUUAUAGCAUCCACUACACUCCUCAUAUAGGAGUUGCCAUUGCUUUCCACCUCUUUGGGUGCUAUUGGGCCACACAGUUUAUUAUAGCAUGUUCUUGUACUGUUAUUGCAGGAUCGGUUUCCUCUAAUUAUUGGGCUAUUGGUGAAACAUUGCAAGAAGUUCAAUUUCUUCCAGUCUUUUCUUCAAUGAAGCGGCUCAUGCAAUACAGUCUAGGAUCUGUGGCUAUAGGCUCUUUAAUUGUUUCAUUCAUUGAAUCUAUACGCUCUAUACUCAAGUCAAUCCGCCGGAAACUGAAAGUUUUUAAUGCCAGACCUCAAAAUUGGUUGGGAAAGAUGGCAUUUUAUUCUUCUCAGUGCAGCCUUACAUGUAUCGACUGGAGCAUCAAUUCUGUGAACCGCAAUGCCUACGUAACGAUUGCCAUAAUGGGUGAAAAUUUCUUUACUUCUUCUGCAAUUGCAACAAGGAUUAUCAGGAAUAACAUUCUUCGGAUAGGGAAGGUGAAUGUGAUUGGAGACGUAAUUCUUUUCCUUGGAAAAUUAUGUGUGAGCCUCUCAAGUGCUCUAUUUGCUUUUCUCAUGUUGGAUACUCAAAAGUACAGAUCUUCCCACAAGAAGGUCUCCUCACCACUGUUUCCGGUGCUUGUAUGCUGGGCUCUCAGCUAUGUUGUUGCAACCCUUUUCUUUGCAGUGGUAGAGAUGUCUAUAGACACCAUAAUCCUUUCCUUCUGCCAAGAUUCUGAUGAGCAUCAAGGAACUGCACAGUAUGCUCCUCCCCUUCUUAUUGAAACUUUCAAUAACCAAAAUGAGUUGCAAAGAUUGACCCAGUGAUCUUGUGCAGAUAUGUGCAUAUUCAUGUCAUAGUUACCCAAUUUGUUAUAUAUUUUUUAUUUUUUAUAAAAAAAAAUAAAAAAAUGGAGGGUGUCCCUGUCCCUAGUGGGGCAGGAUAAAUCCCUUCGGAGACCCACAAUCACCCCCAAACCAUGGCUAUCGGGUAAAACCACUCCAACUCGACUGCCCCAUGGAAGUUCCAAAUUGUUGUUUUUACCGCUCAAAAAUGUAUUGAGGCACCGUGUGUGUUAUUUUUUCAGGCUUUGGUUUCCUGUUUUUCUGACUUCUCUGGUUUAUUCUUUCUUUUUCUCUUUUCCACACCUUAUAUAGUGAUUCUUGAACAAAAUUAUAGUCCAUUUAAAGAUGGAACUUUUUUUACCCUAUUUUGACAUCAGCACUUGCACUAAAUUGUACUAUUGACUUCAUAAAUUGCUGUAUCCUUUGAAAUAUAUCUUCCUUCAGUUACUAUGAGUGGAAACAUUAAUCUA